CUAUUAAUAUACAAAAUAAAUCACAUUCUGAUAAUAGUGGUAUAUCUCGAGCUGAACUAGAUAGUAUGAUAAAAUCACAAUUAGCUUUAGUACCAACAACUUCUAUUCAGUCUUCACAGCACCAAAAAACACAAGCUUUACAGUCUCAGCAAAGGCAACCCGAUUUCAAAGACUACCUUAAAGUACCAGAUAAAUAUAUGCCAGAAAGACCACCAGAUGGGUAUAGC